CAUCCAAACUUAAAGCGGCGGCUAAAGAUAGCCCGGCCUGCAGUAUAUAAGCCCCCGGGGAUAUACGUAAAACGCGGCUUCACACUGUCUUCUCUUUCUUGAUCAGCCAAAGCUCCACUCAUAGCUUCUCAAGAUGGCACCAAAGAAGGCCAAGAGGAGGCAGGCAGCAGGAGACGGCGGUUCCUCCAACGUGUUCUCCAUGUUUGAGCAGAGCCAGAUUCAGGAGUACAAGGAGGCCUUCACAAUCAUUGACCAGAACAGAGACGGCAUCAUCAGCAAAGAUGACCUCAGGGACGUUCUGGCAUCAAUGGGCCAACUGAACGUGAAGAAUGAGGAGCUGGAGGCCAUGAUCAAGGAAGCCAGCGGCCCCAUCAACUUUACCGUCUUCCUCACCAUGUUUGGAGAGAAGCUGAAGGGUGCCGACCCCGAGGAUGUCAUUCUCUCCGCCUUCAAAGUCCUGGACCCCGAGGGUACCGGAUCCAUCAAGAAGGAAUUCCUUGAGGAGCUCCUGACCACUCAGUGCGACAGGUUCUCCAAGGAGGAGAUUAAGAACAUGUGGUCCGCCUUCCCCCCAGAUGUGGCCGGCAACGUCGACUACAAGAACAUCUGCUACGUCAUCACACACGGAGAGGAGAAGGAGGAGUAAAGACAAAACUACAAGACAAGAAAGACAGCUAUCCUUCUGCUUUCUGCCUUCCCCCCUACCUCCUCUGUCCUCCUUUUCCUCCCCGCUCACCCAAAGCCGUCACACUUGCACAUGAGAUGAUCUGUAGAAUAUCUGCUUAUGGGGAAUAGGGAUGAUUUUCAAUAAAAAGAUCCUGUAAAGUCACUUCCUUCCUCGUUUCGCUCGUCAUCCUCUAGCGGGAAACAAACCGCCUGCUUUCAAGGACCUCAUUCCAAAUUCUGAAGAUGUCCUCCAGGUGUGAGGAGGAACACUUUCCACAAGGAAAUAAUCUUAAAAAGCUAAAAACAAAGAAGCUGCAGGAGAGGAAAGGAGAAAAGGCAAAAGAAAACAUUUCACUCUUUGAUUUUUCUUUCCUUCCUCUCCAUCCGGCCUCGAGUGCAUCUCCUCUUUUCCAUAAGCCGUCUCAAAUCCAGCAUUUCCUCUGUAACCAAUAAAAGGGACAAAAUGUGAAUAAAACCACUUUCCUUUUUUGUA